AUGAAAGACUACACUUGUUUGUGACGUGCCAUUUCAACGAUAACAAUCAACCGUUAGGCCUACUGCUAUACUGCAGGCAGGUAACGUUAAUGCUGUGUUCAAGUAACAGACACGCCUAGGCUCGGUUCGGGUAAUCAACACAAUGAAGAAACAACGAGGAAGUAGAAGGGGUCGAUUAUACAUAUCACAAACCACGUCAACACAUGCCCACAGCGUGUGGGCAUUAUAGAGCCACAUCAAUCCAGACUUCGGGUUGUUCAGUGCCCUUCUUCCUCGCCGUUCAUGGUUUAUCAGUCCCUGGGUAAUGUAAUGACGUCACCGGACGAGUUGCGCCAUCCCCAGUCGGGACAGGACCGACUACAUAAAUGGGCAUUGUGGCGGAUGUCUGUCAACCAGGAACUGAUACACGGCAUGGAUGGAGCAAGUCCGAACACUGAGCGGCAGGCAUACAACUCCUUUAUGGAUACACAAAGCCUUACUCAUCGUUACAUAGAAAACCCUGACAUGCAAAGGGAACAGACAUACCAUAUUCGACACACAUACGGCAUGCCUCCAUCACCUAAAUACCCAAUGGGAGACACGUUGUACUUUUUGUAUGGGUUGCCAAGGGCUACUGCUUCGGCCUCGGUACCUAAAGUAAUGUCCUCCCAAUAUGCUUCCAUGCCGAAUAUUGCUGACUUUGAAUUACAUGAUUAUCAAGCUGACACUAGAAACGUCAAAAAUAGGCGUGACUUCCCUGGGCGUAUCACCACGCCUGUACAGCCUGUAUUGCCUGAGAGUCGUGAAACUGAACAACUGCAGCCUAACACAGCACCAGCUCACGCCCCUCCACUGGGGAGGUAUUCGCCACGCCCAAUGACAUAUUUGGAUAGGGUUAGUGAGUUGAAUUCGAAACGAGGACAGACUUCACCUGUCUACUUCCGCGACACACCGGAAACAGACAAUAGUCCAGAUCGUGUGAAUAAUAUCAACAAACCUGUUUUAGUACCGCCGUCAGUUUUUCGUAAUGAAGUUCUGAGAAGAUCCAACAUCGAUCUGCCCCUCAACAUAGAUGGCCAUGGAAGUGAUGUUACAGUACCAAACGACAUGAUGGGCGGUGCUGCCGAUGACGAUGGGUUUGAGGACCCACGCGUUGCUAGAUUCAACCGCGGUCGACAGAAGUACACGUGGAGCGUAGUGAGAGAGAAUGGAAGUGUGUCUGAUAAACGGUACAGGUAUGUGGACGAGAGUCACAUGAAGACACACCUAUGAAGACACGCAAGGGUUUGCAGAGGCAGAUUCCUUUAGUAUCUCGCCUACACUCAGCAAACUGAACAAUUGAACUAUCCUGGCUGUAAACUGAUCAAACCGGAUAACCAACGUAAAGCAAAGAUAAAGCUUUCGUUGAUCUUGAUUGCCAUAACUCCUGAUUCAAAAGUGAUCCUGCACUUGUUACUCUCUAAUGGUUUUGAAGGUAAUGCAAUUAAAAGGAGCAUAACUCUAUUAGCAACACAUUUUAUAAUCUUUACAUGAUGUGGCUCUAACCUAGUGUUGGCUCUCAUCAUGAGCUUUUAACAUAAUGUUCUGAUUAAUAAAUACACACCUGUACACACCUGGUGUUUUGGGACUGUUCCCAAAAAGACCAUAAAUAUUUUGCUAGUAAUGUUGUAAUUUGGUACGAUAUCUGUGGUGUUUUGGAAACACAUGCACAAUGUUUGUGACAAGGCAGAAUAAAAACACUUUUUAAUAUUAAUGCUGUUUUUAAGAAAAUAUUUUACCAAAGAAUCAGGUAUGUACAUUUGUAAAUGUAUAUUGUAAAUGUACAUCCCAUCGACAGCGAAACACGUCAUCAAUUUCCGUAUUGAAUGUCGUAGUAUACAUCUAUGUACCUGUCUUUCAUCAUAAACUUUGACAUUUU